CCACGUGGCUGUGAUCUGGCCGCUGGUGCUCAAUCCGGCCAUGGCGACUGUAAGCUACACUGCGGCGUCCCUCUCGCUGCCAUCGUCACUAAGCAGAGCGCACAAGAAGAAUAUUCCUGGAAGGAAUCGCCGGAGGAUCCUCGCUCCCAUAAGGGCGCUGGAAUUGGAUCAAGACACGCUGCUGGCAGUGGGCGUGGGAUUGGCAGGAAUCGCUGUGGGAAUUGGGAUCCCGGUCUUUUACGAGACCCAAGUAAAAGGGGCCGAGAAACGACUAAACGAUCAGCCAUGCUUCCCUUGCAGUGGAACAGGAUCACAAACUUGCCGGUUCUGUGUAGGCAGCGGUACCAUCGCCAUCGCGCUGGGAUCCGGCGAGUCGGAGAAAUCCAAGUGCGUGAACUGCGAUGGCGCUGGAUCGAUCACUUGCACCACUUGCCAGGGAACUGGAAUUCAACCUCGUUUCUUGGAUCGAAGGGAAUUUAAAGACGACGACUAAAAGAUUUGUCACGUCAUUACAAUAAAGCGCGCGAAAUUUUGAAAA